CGUGCGUCCCGCGCAUAGUGCAAACAGCUCUGCUCGCGUUCGCUUCGCAUUCCAUCUGCUACCAUCCUUCAGCCACUCGUAGUGUCCCCGAUUCCCGGAGUAGAACCAGCAUGUGGUCCAAAAUUGCCAUCUCCGGAGCCCUGCUCGUGAUGGGUGGCAUCCUGUCCUCCAGCGUGGUGGACAACUUCGCCUAUGUGGACCGUUCCCUGCCGGUGGCCAUGCCGAAGGCCAAGGCAUUCCAAAAGCCAGAGGAGUGAGGAGCAGGAUAUCCCGCGGAUGAGGAGUGGACGGCAGCCGACUAGCCAGUUCCCGGAACAGGAACCAGUGCUUUCUACUCGGCCACUGUGGACACUUAAGGGCCAGCCAACUACUCCGGCUUGUUGUUAAUUUACAAGUUCGCCGCAAGCGGGAAGUAGUUAAUGUAGGUCUCCAAGACUCCCACCAGAAGACCCCCUCCCCCAUCCGAACCAUCAAAAACAACAGUUUCAUUUGUUAUCACCUUAAUAUUAAAUAAUUUCUGUGACCCCUUUUUUUUAGUAUUGUGUAUGAUUAAGCUAAGAACUUCCCUAUACGUAAGCAAUAAAAUAUUUAAGCAAGA